AUGGCGGCAAAAACCCAAGGGCCCGCCGUAGGCUACACUACGGAAAGCACUCGGACGCUGCUUCGCGUUGUCAUUCUCUGCUUCAUUGCAGCGGCUGCCAUCUCAAGCCGUCUCUUCUCUGUUAUACGAUUUGAAAGUAUCAUCCACGAAUUUGAUCCCUGGUUCAACUUCCGAGCAACCAAGUACCUCGUCGCCAAUGGCUUCCACAAGUUCUGGGAUUGGUUUGACGACCGAACAUGGCACCCUCUCGGUCGAGUUACUGGAGGCACCCUGUACCCCGGCCUGAUGGUCACCAGCGGCGCCAUCUACCACGCUCUCAGAACCCUCACAAUCCCAGUCGACAUCCGCAACAUUUGUGUCCUCCUUGCGCCCGCCUGCUCAGGCUUGACUGCGUUUGCCACUUAUCUCCUCACCAAUGAAAUGACCACGUCGCCAUCUGCCGGUCUCUUGGCUGCCGUCUUCAUGGGAAUUGCGCCGGGUUACAUCUCCAGAUCCGUUGCCGGCAGCUACGAUAACGAAGCCAUUGCCAUCUUCCUUCUCGUCUUUACCUUUUACCUGUGGAUCAAGGCCCUGAAGCUGGGUUCCAUGCUGUGGGGAGCUCUCUGCGCGCUCUUCUACGGAUACAUGGUGGCCUCUUGGGGUGGAUACGCUUUCAUUACUUGCUUGUUGCCUGUGCAUGCGCUGGUCCUGAUCGCCAUGGGCCGGUACAGCACUCGCCUCUACGUCAGCUACACCACCUGGUAUGCUCUGGGAACAUUGGCCAGCAUGCAGAUUCCUUUUGUCGGCUUCCUGCCAAUCAAGACUAGCGAGCACAUGCCCGCCCUGGGCAUUUUCGGCUUCAUCCAGCUCAUUGGCUUCAUCCAGUACGUGCGAUCUGCUAUUUCUGGCCGUCAAUUCCAAACCUUCCUUGUCACCAUCCUUGUGGCAACAUUUGGCUUGGGUCUGCUGGGUCUCGUCGCCCUCACUUCUCUGGGCUACGUUGCUCCCUGGAGCGGACGUUUCUACUCUCUGUGGGAUACCGGUUAUGCCAAGAUCCACAUUCCCAUCAUUGCCUCCGUCUCUGAGCACCAGCCUACCGCCUGGCCCUCCUUUUUCUUCGACUUGAAUUUCCUCAUCUGGCUCUUCCCCGCUGGUGUCUAUCUGUGCUUCCAGGAUCUCAAGGAUGAGCAUGUCUUUGUCGUUGUGUACGCCCUCUUCGGAAGUUACUUUGCCGGUGUCAUGGUGCGUCUGAUGCUUACACUGACCCCCGUCGUCUGUGUUGCCGCCGCCAUGGCUGCCUCUCAGAUCCUCGACACCUACCUCUCAUGGAAAUCAGCUACUCCUGUCGAGGAGCAAGAAGCGCCCAAGAAGGUCAAGGGCGGUCUCCGCGGCAGCGAGAAGCCUAAUGUUGGAAUCUACAGCAACCUCACCAAGGUCAUGGUGUCCGGAUCCAUGCUCGUCUACCUCUUGAUGUUUGUCUCUCACUGCACUUGGGUUACGUCCAACGCCUACUCCUCGCCUUCAGUGGUCCUUGCCAGCCGUAUGCCGGAUGGAAGCCAGCACAUUAUUGAUGAUUACCGAGAGGCUUACCAAUGGUUGCGCCAAAACACCAAGGAGGACGCCAAGGUUAUGUCCUGGUGGGAUUACGGCUACCAGAUUGGUGGCAUGGCUGACCGACCUACGUUGGUUGACAACAACACCUGGAACAACACCCACAUUGCCACCGUCGGCAAAGCCAUGAGCUCCAGGGAGGAAGUCAGCUACCCCAUCAUGAGACAGCACGAAGUCGACUAUGUUCUCGUCGUGUUCGGCGCCCUCCUGGGCUACUCUGGUGACGAUAUCAACAAGUUCUUGUGGAUGGUUCGAAUCGCUGAAGGUAUUUGGCCUGAUGAGGUCAAGGAGCGAGACUUCUUUACCCCUCAGGGAGAGUACCGCGUUGAUGAAGGUGCCACUGAGACCAUGAAGAACAGCUUAAUGUACAAGAUGUCGUACUACAACUACGCCUCUCUAUUUCCCGCCGGACAGGCCGCCGAUAGAGUCCGAGGGGUCCGAAUUCCCGACCAGGGACCUGUUCUCAACACCCUCGAGGAGGCCUUUACCAGCGAGAACUGGAUCAUCCGUAUCUACAAGGUCAAAGACUUGGAUAACAUUGGCCGUGAUCAUGCUAAUGCUGCUGCUUUUGAGCGUGGCCAGAAGAAGAAGAAGCCCACCAAGAAGAGGGGCGCUCGUGUGCUUCGCGUGGAUUAG